CCAUAGGAGUAGCCGCCUGCCAAGUUACCAUACCCACAAGCUUUCCUUGCAGCCCAGAAUCGUGGCCGUUCGGGUUCCAGAAUUCAGCGCGAGUUGUCCUGAAGAAAGAUGCAAGAGGUGCUGCCCAGAAGUCGGACGGCAGCGCCGCGGCGCUUGUGCUGUCGCUCUGCUAGCAGGCGACUGGCGCCCGUGCUUCGGGCGUCACGGCACACUUCGCUUGAGCCCGUUUCGACCAGGGAUGUGGGAUUCCCCUACUCAAAUGACUUCAUCGUGGAUGGCAAGGUGGUCGACGCCGCGACGGUGUGCAGGCUGUUGGAGCCCUUCGCACUGGAGGAGCGAGUGAAACGGAUAGAGGAGGUGGUUGCCAAGCGGACCUUCACAGUGCUGCCAAUCGUGGAAGGCUUGUACGAUAUGGGCAAUCUUGCGGCCGUCUGCCGGACCGCUGACGCGCUGGGCUACGGUGCCGUGCAUGCGGUGAACAAGGCGGACGGGAAGUUCAAGAUGUCGCAGCGCACCGCCGCCGGCGCCGACAAAUGGCUGGACGUCAAGGCGUGGGACAGCACUGGCGAGUGCCUGGCGGCCAUGAAGGCGGCGGGCUACCAGAUCGUCACCACGCACCUCACCCAGAGCUCCAUCACCAUCCAGGAGGUGGACUGGACGCGGCCCACGGCGGUGGUGCUGGGCAACGAGAAGUUCGGCGUCAGCGCGGAGGCGGUGGCUGCGGCGGACGCCUGCGCUAUCAUCCCGAUGACGGGCAUGGUGGAGUCGUUUAACAUCUCUGUGGCCAACGCGCUCAUCCUGUACGAGGCGCAGCAGCAGCGGAUACGGCGCCUGGGCAGCCACGCGGACCUGAGUCCUGACCAGCAGAUGGCGCUCAAGGCCGUCAUGCUCACAAAGACAGUGAAGGAAAGCCAGUCCGUGCUGUCGGAGCUGCUCAGCCGGCCGGUGCCCACGUGGCAGUCGCACGUGUUCCGGAAACUGGCCAAGGAGGCCGCCUCCUACGAGGCAGCGCUGGCAUCCAAGGGGUUGGAGCAGGGCGCCGGCGCAGGGUCGCCGUGAGCGGGGCCGGCAGUGCGGACAUUCGUGUGGAGUGAAGGGGCAGGUUUGCGGGCAAGCGACUGAAUGAGGCUUUGAGGCUUUGAGGGCAUGAGCCAUUGGCUAGGGAAGCCAGUCCCAGACGCGUGCCGCGAGAUCACAUGGCAGGACUUGCGACACUAGUGCAAGGGCACGGGCGUACGCGACACAUUGCUGUAUUACGCUGUAUGUUAGGCACACACCACCAUUUCACAGUCAGCCAACAUUUCACCACUG